AUGUCAACACCAACUACUGUCAUUGUUUCUGGAGCCACAGGUUUCAUUGCCCAACACGUUGUGAAACAAUUAUUAGCCAAGAACUAUCAAGUCAUUGGUACUGUUAGAUCAACAACCAAAGGUGAUCAUUUAUUGAAAUUAUUUAACAAUCCUCAAAACUUAUCUUAUGAAAUUGUUGAAGAUGUUGGAACCAAAGGUGCCUUUGAUAAAGUUUUACAAAAGCAUGGUGAGGCAAAAGUUUUCUUACAUUUAGCUUCUCCAUUUCAUUUUAAUGUAACUGAUGUUGAAAAAGAAUUGUUGUUACCUGCUGUUGAUGGUACUAAGAAUGUAUUACAAGCUAUUUAUAAUUUUGGCAAAAAUAUUGAAAAAGUGGUCAUUACUUCAUCUUAUGCAGCCAUUAGUACCGCAUCAAAGGAAGCUGAUAAAAACGCAGUUAUUACAGAAAAAGAUUGGAAUGAAAUCAGUUGGCAAGAUUCCUUGCUUAACCCAGUUAAUGGAUAUCGUGGAUCGAAGAAAUUUGCUGAAAAAGCUGCAUGGGAUUUUGUAAAAUCCAAUGAUAAUGUUAAAUUUUCUUUGUCGACAAUUAAUCCAUCAUUUGUAUUUGGACCACAAUCAUUUAGUUCAGAAAUUAAACAAAGUUUGAAUACUUCAAGUGAGAUCAUUAAUUCUAUUUUGAAAUUGAAACCAAAUGAUCCUAUUCCUGGGUCAAAAGGAGGUUGGGUUGAUGUAAGAGAUGUGGCUAAAGCUCAUAUCAUUGCAUUUGAAAAUGAAGAUGCUAAAAAUCAAAGAAUAUUAUUGAAUUCAGGUAGAUUUACAUCCCAAUCCCUUGUUGAUAUUAUCAAUGAUAAAUUUCCGGAUUUAAAAGGGAAAAUACCAGUUGGUGAGCCAGGUUCAGACAAAGAAAUUAUUGCUGAAAGUUUGGCUACUAUUGAUGACACCAAAUCUCGUGAAUUAUUAGGAUUUAAAUAUUACAACCUUGAACAAUCAGUGUAUGAUACGGUUGAACAGAUUGUAAAUGCUCAUAAGUUAUGA